AUGACCAGUAAGAACUUAUUACAAGAAUAUGCAAAGUCCAUCAAUCAAUUAAAAAAAGAAUGCUCGGACGCCGGUAUAAGUGAAGAAGAAUUUAAGGAGAUGUAUUAUGAUACUCUAAAUGAACUCGAUAGGAACAAUGAAAAUAUAGUUCCUAAUCGAAGACGUUUUAAUAAAGGCUACCUUUAUUUAAUUAUAUGUAAUUGUAUCAAGAACCAUGUU